AUGAAUAUAUUGUGGAAGUCAGAAGGUGAUGCUUCAUUGAGGAAUCUUUUGAUGUUGAUAAAGAAAUUUUCAGAAAAAGAAAGAAAAAUUGUCAAUGACUUGGACUAUAAAAUUCUUCUCUAUGUUAAAUGGUUCUACAUAACGAUUAAGAGAGCUGUCGCUUUAGAGGAUUUAACAGCUGCUCAUGAAAGAACAACACAUACUAAAGCAGCUGUUGAUGUGUUAGGGAUUCUUCAUUUGCGAACGAGAAUUUCCUUUCUCACCAACGAUCGCACAUUGACAGUUGAAACAUUUGAAUUCAAAGCAAUGUUUUAUGAAUGA